GGCAACUACGUGCACGUUGUUUUCGUUCGCUUCCGAUAUCAGAUUGUCGCACCAUUUUGAGAGCUUCAACUCGAGUACAAGGAAAACUGUUCCUUACAAAACUGAUCUGAAUUUGAAGAAAAACUCAGCAGCCAAGAGCAAUGGAACGUGGAGGCAGAGGAGGCGGCGGUGGAGGCAGGAACUUUGGGGGCACCCGUGUCUACGUCGGAGGACUGAAUGACUCGGUCAAGAAGGAGGAAAUCGAGCGCGAGUUCGAGAAGUUUGGCACCCUGAACCACGUGUGGGUGGCCUUCAACCCCCCCGGCUUUGCAUUCAUCACUUUUGAGAACGAGGACGAGGCCCAGACGGCCGUCGAGCACCUGAACGGCUCCGAACGCUUCGGCACCAAAUUGAGGGUCGAGGUUUCCCGGAGCAGAGGGCGUGGAGGCCGCGGGGGCGGCGGUGGAUUCCGCGGAGGCGGCGGCGGUGGCGGCAGACGUGAGUUUGGCGGAGGCCGCGGAGGCGGUCGCAGCGACUUCGGUGGCCGCCCCUACGAGCGAUUUGGGGGCCGCGACGAUUUCCGCGGGCCACGACAGCGCAGCAGGUCGCCCCCAGGACGAAGCGACUACUACGAAUCCUCCUCCAACUACCGCUCACGAGACCAAUAUGCGGGCGACGCUCCCAGAAGUUACCCUUCGCACGGUGGCGCCAACAGAUACUAAGGUAGCCAAAAGUUGAAUGCAAAAAGACUGAAAAUCUAGUCAGAGCUGUGAUCUAAACGAGACGUCGUUGUCAUUUUUCUUAGCGCUUUGCUAACCAACUGGCGUCGUUGUAAUCGUCUAAAAAUCUCUUCUCAUGGCUUUUUAAAUGUCAACGUGACUCUAAAACGCACUUUGGCCAGACUUCGUUGUAAAUGACAGUUUGUUUUAGUAGAGUUACGCGUCGUUGUGACCUGAAGUUAAACAAAUGUUCCUAUAUUUGCAGAAAUCUUCGAUGAUGUGCGACCAAGCGCAUGUUUGAUCAGCAAAUGGUCAGCACACAAGUAUGAAUUUUCAGUCGACAAGACACCUUCACAAACAACAGCUUCAUGAAGCUCAUUUCUAUUGCUUGUAAUUUCUUUGUGGUAAAAUAUAUAGUUCGGAAUCUCUCAAAUUACCCAAUCAAGUAAAAUCAUGGAUUUAUUUAAAAGUGUUGCUUUUCAAUGAAAUAAAAUUUCUUUUACCAAA